AUGUCGGUCUCUCUAUCUCCUGAUCACCUGGAGCGUUCAGAACAUACCGUCAUGGACGGCGAAGUUCCACAGGAAAUCAACCACCCUAACAUCAGCUCCGCGCUCGCAUCCAGUACUUCGCCGAUCAACAACCCGGGUGCCGAAUUCGAGACCGAAAGACCUGGACGCGGUGACCGACCCACCACCUCGAGUGCCUCAGCUUCUAGCACCAGUUCCAAAGCUGGGGUCGACUUGAUUACCACGAGGAAGAAACGCCGUAAUAAUCAUGACCACUACUAUUCCGAUGAUGAGCUGCCUGCCGUGAGUCGACUUCAUAAUUCCGAGCCUAGAGUUCAGGUCCUCGUUGCCGAGCCGAGAGGUGAUCAUAAAAAGAAGGAUAGUGAUGGCCAGAAACGAUCUGAUAGAAAUGGCCGCAAAAGAAGGCACAGAGGGGGCCGAAGCCGCAGAAAUCGGAAGAGAUCUCCCCCGGUCGACCGAUAUAAUAGACCCAUUGACCGAUAUACGCCGGGCGAUAGGGACACGGAAGAAUGCAGCAAUGGAGUCAGCUUAUCAGUCCACCAGCAAGAACCAGGCCGGGAGCCAGGAGUCACAGCAGAUAACCUUCCCAUUCAGCCCCUGCGAUACCAGACCAGGGUAAUUGGGUACUACUCAAGGCGUCCAGUACUUCGAAAACUGGACUGGCGGAAUGCAAUGAUUACAAAUUCUAUGCCUAACGGCAAGGUGGGCGUCGACCACAAUUGCAGCACCGUUAACGAGCACAAAGACUGGCGCCCCCGGCCCUGGCUCGGAACGGUCCUGGACAUCGAGGCCGCCUUUAUUCAGACAAGAGGGAUGAUAGCUAAGAAGGCAUGCGUACCAUGUUCACUGGGACGGGGCCUUUGGCAGUCAUGCGUUGAGGAAGUCGAACUGGACCAUAGGGGAGUUUGCGCUAAUUGCCAACAAUCUGGUGAGCUCUGUACGAACUCGAUUUUAUACCAAAGGACCGGGGCGCAGGUCAGUCCCAAGCCUAGCCUAAGCAACGAGCCCGCUACUACUAUAAGAGAGGUAAUUGGAGCGAACAUGACCCCAAUCACGACUCUGAGCGCCAUAACAACAACUCCGCAACCGUUCUCCGAAGCCAGCAGUCAUGGUCGUCACAAAGUCCUUCCGUUCCCCUUGGGUCGAGAGGCCAUCCACAACCUUCCAUUACUAAGGGACGUCGCCGAUGACUUGAGAGGUCAUUUGGCGACAAUAAUGAAGCAGAUAAGGAAGCUCGAGGAAGUGGAGCAAGAAGAGGACCCCUGGAAUAACGUUUAA